UCGUCGUCGUCGUCGCCGUCGUCGCUUUAGUCGCAGCCGAGUCCUGUGUACCUGAGUCCAUCAGUCUGUUUGGGGACUUCACUGCGUGCGAACGUAAUUGAAAACCGUCAACGGCAAAUUCUAAGAACUCAAAAGAAAUAAAACAAGCUAAAAAAUAAAUAAAGUACAGCAAGUGGCAAACGCGUCUACACGGGUCAGAAUUGAGUGCUGUAUAUAUAUACACACAGGUAUAAAUCGCACUGCAUUAAACAGAAAAUUUAAACGCGCAGAAUUCAAAAACAGUCAGGAGCGUCGAAUUCAACAGUCGAACAGCAGAAAUUGAGCUUUGAGGCUAAAGUGUGUACCUGAAACUGAAACGCUAGACAUUUUGGUUAAGCGCUAAGCGGCAAGGGUAACGGUAACGGUUAACGGUUAACGACAACAGCUUUUUGGCAACGGCACUUGGCUUGGGCGGCAGGUGCAGCGCAACAAAUAAGAACCAACUCAAACGACGGCAACAACGGCGGCCAGAAUUUUUUCGCGUUUGGAUAGUGUCGAGGAGGUGCAACGGGGUCGCAGUGGCAGCGGAAUUGGAAUAGCGUCUGUUGUUGCAGGCGCUGCAGGAGCGGGUGGAGCAGGAGCGGGUGCGGUAGCGGGUGCGACUGGUGCAGCAGCGGUGGCAGCGGGUUCACCAGCCAGAGCUGUGCAGCAGCAGCUGCCAGGUCAGAAUUUGAGCGGAGCUGUCUACGGGGGCGUGGGCGUAAUCGGUGGCAAUGCGGCUGUUGCACGCAAUCGAAGCGCAAGCACAGUACUUGAGCUAAGUCAUAGUCAGAGCGGAGUGGGCAGCGGCGGAGCGACGCGUAAGUUUUCGAGUGGCAGCGGUGGCGGCAGCGGCGGAGGGAUUUUGAAUGCAGGCGAUGUGAAUGGUUACGGCGAGAGUGUGAAUGGCUUAACAGGUGUGGGCGUGGCAACGGGAGCAGGAGCAGCAGGCAGUAUUAGAAAUUUAGCACACGAACGUGCAGGAUCAACGGCAAGCAGCUUGGGCAUAGCAUUGCGUGAACGUUUAUCCAUCAGUGGCGCAUCAUCAGCAGCAGGCGAACAAACAGUUGGUGGAGCAGGAGCAGGAGCUGGAGCUGGUGGCGGCGGCGGCGGCGGCUCGGCACCCACAAUUGGCAGCGGUCCCAGCGUGCCCACUUGCAAGCGCCAGGGCAGCUUCUCGAAUGUAUUCUCAAAGCUAAUCGAUGGUAUGCCCGCUGGCACGAUGUUCGCCAAGUUCAAAAGCGCCAAUGUGGCUGCGGCCACAUCUACGCAAAACGUUGCCGACGGCAAUCCCAUUACGCAAUACUUUGAGAUUGGCAAACCCAUUGCCUGUGCCGGUCCGGAGCUUGUCUGGCGCAUACACGACGGCUACCGCAAGAGUGACAACAAGGAAUGUUCCGUCUUUAUAUUUGAGAAAAAAGUGGCCGAGAAGCUGCACAAGCCACGGCGCAAGGAGACCAUCACCGAGCUGCUAAAGGGUUCCGUUAAGACAUUGGAGCGCUUUCGCCAUCCCCGGAUACUACAAAUCUAUCAUACGGUGGAGGAGAGUGCGGAUACAUUGGCCUUUGCCGCUGAGCCUAUAUUUGCCAGCCUUUCAAAUGUGCUGGCCUUUCACGAGUCGAAAACGUAUGAGAAUGCGAGCGUGACGCCACAAGGAGGCGUGGCUGGUGCUGUGGCGGCGCAGGCGGGAAAUGCGCCAGCCGGAGCACAGCCGCAACGUCCGGCGCAUGCAAAGGAAUAUAAUUUCUUGGACAUGGAGCUUAAAUAUGGAUUCUUGCAGCUAACCGAGGCAUUGUCCUAUUUACACUAUUCCGGUCACGUAAUUCAUCGAAAUGUGUGUCCAUCUUCAAUACUAAUAACCAAGCGUGGCAUAUGGAAACUUGCUGGGAUGGAGUAUGUGGAGCGCAUGAAUGAGACUGAUUUGAAUAGCAGCAUACCAUGCCCGCCUUGGAGCAAUCGUGUGUCCAAAAUGGCGCAACCGAAUCUGGACUUUAUGGCGCCUGAAAUACAAAGCAGCUCCAAGUGCAGCCUGCUGAGCGACAUGUUCUCACUGGGCAUGGUCAUCUGUGCGGUCUACAAUAACGGACGUCCUUUAAUACAGGCUGGCAACUCGACAUCCAACUAUGCCAAGCAAAUCGAGUCGCUGGAUGACCAUGUGCAUAAGCUGCUGCCACGUCUGCCGAUUGCGCUGCAAGAGGCAACAUCUCGCAUGGCCAGCCGCGAUCCGACGGCGCGACCCACAGCACAGCUGCUGCAGCUAAUCAAGUAUUUCAUCGAUCCGGCUAUAAAUGCAUUAAAAUUUUUGGACGUUGUCAACAUGAAGGACACGCAACAAAAGUCGCAAUUCUACAAGACAACAUUGAUUGAGGCAAUGCCGUUGAUACCACGCAAACUUUGGUGGCAAAACAUUUGGCCCAUGCUCAAAUCGGAAAUCAACAAUGGCGAAGUGCUCGCUGCUGUGCUGCAGCCUGUCAUGUUAUUUGUUCAAGAGGCCACACAUGCGGAAUACGAUGCGCUCAUGUCGGCCACCAUGAAAGUGGUCUACAGUCAACCAAAAUCAAUACAGGCCAGCGUCACAAUACUUGAGAAUUUGCAUGUGAUUAUUGAGAAAACGAAGCCCGAGGAUGUCAGCACAGAUAUAAUGCCCAUGCUAUACUACUCGUUCGAUGGCUCUACAAUCCAAGUGCAGAGCGCUGCUGUUGUGGCCGUGGCCAAUGUUUUUGACUGCAUCGAUGAUGUGACUAUACGCCGCAUGACGCUGCCCAAGGUCAAAUUGGUAUUUGAGAAGAACAUAAGCGAUCCAAAGAUUGUGCAGAAUGUGCUCAUGUGCAUCGAGCGUGUUAUGGAUCGCAUGGAGCGUGCACAGGUCAUGGAGGAAGUGCUGCCGUUGCUGGCCAAUGUGCGCAUACCCGAUCCGGAUAUAAUCAUGCGUACUGUGCGCAUUUACCACAAACUGUUUGCGGACAAAUCAUAUGGCCUAACUGUGGAAACCAUGGCAACCUUCGUGCUGCCCCUGCUCAUACCCCAUACUGUUAAUCCGGCGCUCAAUUUCGAGCAAUAUUGUUAUCUGCUUGAGGUGCUGCAGCAAAUGCUGGAGGCCAUCGAUCGUCAGCAGCGCAACAAAUUGAAGUUGGAUAAUCUAUCGAUGGCCUCGCCGGAACGACAUCGCACGCUGCGCCAUCAGUUCUCCACAGAUAACAUGAACGCGCCACCAUUCAACAUACCCAACUUGCGCAUCGAUCAACGCAAGACGUCCAGUGCCGAGGACAUGGCGCGCAAGAAUUCCGGCGGCUCUGGCAUGUUGGGCGGCUGGUGGUUUGGCUGCUCACCUUCAUCGCCGGACAGCAAUUUCCUGCGCGUUGGCAACGUGUUUCCCAAUCGACGGCUCUCGGACAACACGCUAAUGACACCCAAAAUCCGCAUCGCCCCCUCGUGCGCCUCCUCGCCGGGCGGCACGCCAGGCAGCGGCCUGCCAACGCGUCGACACUCGAGCAUUGGACCCCAGGAGCGACGCGGCUCCACUAUCAAUUUAUCACCGCCAACUUAUGGCGCUCGCGGUAGCUCCGGAUCGAGUCUAUCAGUGCCCUCCACCUCAGCCUAUGUUAAAUCUCCUUUAUUGUACUCCCAAAAACAGGGUGGCUCCAUGCCCAACACUUCGUCGAGCGUGCCGUUUCUACUGUCGUCGAGCAUGCAGUCAAUACGAUCACGUCGCACCUCGACUGUGCUAUCCUCUGGGCCAUUGGGUUCCGGUUCGGGUAUAUUGCAGCAAUUGGGAUCCGGCAUGGUAAGACAAUUAACUUCCGUAUCUGGCACGGUUAGUCCGGUGCCCUUGUUGCGAGUGAAUGGCACGCGCAACAACAUGACUCACGGUUACAGCAACAGCAACGUCCGAAAGUGUCCGUCACUCAAUAUAACGUUCAGUCAAUAAUAUAGUGCGACUGAAAUCGGCGCCGCACGUCAAAUGCCCGCUGAUUUUAAUUAUUACAACAACAGCACUAACAGCAACAGCAGCUUGCGACGCAGCAUGCAACUGAAUUUGCCAGCGAACAGAUACUUGAACCCAUCAAGAAGCUAUAACU